AUGUCUCGCCUCUCCCUCUCUGAUGCCGACAAACAAGCUCGAGAUUGGUUCGCCACUACCACAGAAAGCCUCGGCUGCACCGUCACCGUCGACUCUAUGGGAAAUCAAUUCGCCAUUCGCCCAGGCUUGAAAGACGGUGCACCCACAGUAGCAGGCAGUCAUCUCGACACUCAACCCACCGGAGGCCGCUACGACGGCAUCCUCGGCGUCACCGCCGGAAUAGAAAUGCUAAGAACGCUGCACCAAAACGACAUCACCACUACAUUUCCUGUUGGAGUGGUCAACUGGACCAACGAAGAGGGAGCAAGAUUCCCCAUCUCGAUGGUGAGUUCAGGAGUUUGGGCCGGCGAGAUUGCACUCAACCAUGCCCAUGACCUCAAAGAAGUUGGCUCUGGCACCGCAACCAUGAAGAGCGAAUUACAGCGUAUAGGUUACNUUGGGGAAGUUCCCUGUAGCCAUGAAGCUGUACCUCUAGCCGCACACUUUGAACUCCACAUCGAACAAGGCCCCAUCCUCGAAGCCGAAGACCGCAAAAUUGGCAUCGUGCAGGGUGUGCAAGCGUACAAAUGGUUUACCGUCAGUGUACGCGGAGCAGAUUGCCAUACAGGAACCACUUCCUUCUCUCACCGCGCAGACGCCCUCCUAGCAGCAAGCAAAAUGAUCGUAUACAGCCAUCGCGCAGCAGCACGAAAAGGAGCUCUGGCAUCUACAGGAAUACUCACUCUUAGGCCUGGCAGCACAAACACUGUCCCUGGCACCGUGGACUUUUCACUCGACAUCAGAAGCCCCGAAAACGACAUUGUGGCACAAGUGGAACAAGACUGUCGAACAGCAUUUGCAGCCCUCGCCGCUGGCCACGACAUCGACUCUUUGAACGCAGACUUUGUACCUUCCACAAAAUCCUGCACCGUAUCCUGGACCCAAGACACAUACUCGCCAGCCACAAAAUUUGCUCCCGAAUGCAUUUCCUGUGUCGAAGAAGCUGCCGUCUCCAUCUUUGGAGACAAGACUGACAAACUGACAAAAGCAAUGACCAGUGGAGCUGGACAUGAUAGCGUGUACACCAGCAAACGCGUCCCUACGACUAUGAUUUUCGUGCCCAGUAGAGAUGGAGUCUCGCAUAAUCCGGUCGAGUUUACAAAGCCCGAGGAUUGUGCGUUGGGGGCGCAGGUGUUGAUGCAGAGUAUCCUGAGAUAUGAUAGACGUAGAGCUGAAGGGACGGUGUGA